UGAUAAUAGGUGAAUAAGGGGAGGAUCCGGACAAGCCUGCACCACCACCACCAGGGUGGGAGCACGUGAAGAUUUUACUCCAGAAUCGGACCACAUUUUGGGGACUUUUCUGCCAUCAGCAUCCUUUCACGGCACCCUCGCAUCCCAGCCAGUAUUAAUCCCAGUCCAGCACCCCCGCUCAACUGGGAUUUUUGUUGUUGUUGUUUUUUUAGGGGACACGGAUAUGGAUUAAAGGGAAAGACGGACAGAGAGAGCCGCCAAACUGGAGCAGCACGCCAGAGCACGCCGGGGGGGAAGGGGGCGACGGGACUCGGUGAAUUCGCGGAGCCCCCGAGAUAGAGGCUGUGAGUGGUCGCACCCCAAGAUGGCGUCCCCCAAAAGCCGAACCAAGAAGAAACCGACCAAAGACAGCGUGACGCUGCUGCCGUGCUUUUACUUUGUGGAGCUCCCCAUCGUGCUGUCGUCUUUGGUGUCGCUGUACUUCCUGGAGCUGACCGACGUCUUGUCUCCGGCCGCGGUGGGCUUCCGCUGCCACGACCGCCGGCUCUCCAUGCCCUACGUGGAGACGGGCGACGAGCUCAUCCCGCUGCUCAUGCUCCUCAGCUUGGCCUUCGCCGGACCCGCCGCGUCGAUCAUGAUGGGGGAGGGCCUCACGUACUGCAUGCAGUCCAAACUCAAGACCUGCCCCAAGACGGAGGGCAGCAUCAACGCCGGGGGAUGCAGCUUCAACUCUUUCCUGCGCAGGACCGUGCGCUUCGUGGGUGUUCACGUGUUCGGUCUCCUAGCAACGGCGCUGGUGACGGAUGUCAUCCAGCUGGCGACCGGCUACCACGCCCCUUUCUUCCUCACCGUCUGCCAGCCCAAUUACACAGCGCCGGGCGUGGCCUGCGACAACAACGCCUACGUCACGCAGGACAUCUGCAUGGGCAAAGACCAGUACGCCAUUAUGUCGGCCAGGAAAACCUUCCCAUCCCAGCAUGCAACACUCUCUGGCUUUGCCGCCGUCUACAUUUCCAUGUACUUCAACGCCAGCAUCGGCGCCGCCACCAAGUUGCUCAAGCCGCUGCUGGUGUUCGCCUUCUGCAUGGCGGCGGGCCUGGCCGGCCUCACGCAGAUCACCCAGCACCGGAGCCACCCCGUCGACGUCUACGUGGGCUACCUGAUCGGAGCCGGCAUCGGCGUCUACUUGGCCGUGUACGCGGUGGCAAACUUCAAAGCCUUCGAAGAAGACGCGUUGCCUCGUCCCAAAAUGUCGGGGGUGCAGUACAAGGACACGCUGAGGGUGCUGAGUCAGCGCAGUCACGACUCCCUCUACAGGAAGACACCGCGGGUGUCGGAGAGCCGCGAGGAGCUGGCCGUAGCCAUGGGUUCGGGGGCGCGCAGCAAGGUGAGGCGGGAGAAAGCCUCCCUGGCCUCCCUUAAGCGAGCCAGUGCCGACGUGGAGCUCCUGGCUACCCGCGGGCCCAUGGCCAAGGAGACUAUGGUGACGUUCAGCAACACUCUGCCCCGGGUGGCCAACGGCAACAGCCCCAUCUCGCCCUCCGACGAGCCGCUGACCUCCCAGCGCCACAUGACAUUCCACAUGCCCCUAGACCCCCAAAGAUCCCGGCAGCUGGUGUCGGAGUGGAAGCAGCGCUCUCUGGAGCUGAGGAGUCAAGGCUCCCGGGAUGAGGACGAGGGCGAGGGAGGGGCGGAGGCCGCAGACGCCGCAGAUGGGGCGGGCGACCAGGGGGUCCCGUCGUCUCUCUACCCCAAAGUGCAAGCCAACAAGGGCACGGCGACGCCCACCGGGGCCCGGAUGGUGGUGUCUCCGCCGCUGGUCCACAUCCCAGAGGAGGCAUCGCGUCCGCCACCGGUCUCCCCCAAGAGCGCCAAGACCCGCGCCAAGUGGCUGUCGCUCACUGAGGGGGGCGGUGCAAAGGAGCCCAGUGUUGGGCCCAUUGCGGUGUCCACCCCCAGGGUGCCAAGCACGCAGACUGCUCAGCCACCCGCUCAGCCAAGAGUCACUAUGGUGAUGGCGAUGUCCAAGCAGCAGAGCCAUGGCGGGGUCCCCAUGGAGGGUGGCGGCUCCUCCUCAGGCGGUGGCUCCAACUGUUCCGAGUCACCCUACUGCCGGAUCCCUUCCGACCGGGAGAGCUGCGCUGGCAGCAACCCGGGCAGCAUCGCCGGCAGCGGCAGCAUCGUCACCAUCGAUGCCCACGCCCCACACCACCCGGUGGUGCGGGUGACGGCCUCCAACGGGAAGCCGUGGGAGUGGAGGAACACCAUCAGUGGUAAUCUGAUGGCCGGCGACACGGCGGCGCUGGAUAAGCACCGUGGCGUGCUGCGGGGGCAGGACAACGCCCCGCUUUACCGCGACUACCGGACACUCCCGGUUAAAAAGGAGUCUUUGGGUGGCGAGGCUCCGGAGCUCCCGCCCCCGCCGCACCCAACCUCAUCCUCCCCUCUGCCUCCCCCGCCCCAGCUGUCGUCGCCCCAUCUCCCGCCACCGCCACCACACUCCUCCCUCCUGUCUCACCCGCCUUCUCAGGUGUCUGCGCAACCCUCCUCAUCCCCUUUGCCCCCUCCUCCGCUCCCUGCCUCCUCCAUGCCGCCGCCACCCCCUCCGCACCCCUCGUGCUCGACCAUGCUACCCCCUCCGCCUCACCCCGACCUGCUGAUGGAUGACCAGAUGCUGUCCCACUCGUCCACGCUGCCCCGCCGGCCCUCUGUGUCGGCCCGCAGCCAUGCCGAGCAGGAGCACUACUACAAGGCGCUGCAGAACGAGCGGAUGCUAUAGUGCAGCGGUCCCCAACUUUUAUUGCGCCAAGGACAAGUUUUAUGUCAAGCAAUAUUUUGACAGACCGGCAAAGAAUUCAAUCAAAUCAAGCUAUUAAAAAUACAACUCGCCAUUAUGCUGAACGUAGUUGUUGUGUUUAGUGGGAGCCCUGCGCUUGUUUCUCUUCAAUGAGCCGGUCACAUCUUGGGGUAAUGGGAGAUAACGUUACAUAGUGUAUGUCCAGUCUACUUUGUAAUUUUGUUUUGGUCGCCCGAAAUCCUGCUUUGUAAAGAUAGGGUGUUGGAAAUGGAAGCAAGGUAUUCCAGAUUAUUUGGGCAGUUUUUAAGGCUCCGUUGCCUUCUAGUACGAAGAGCGGGCUUGGUGUGUCAAUAGUAUUUGUAUCGAUAAACCCAUUUUCCAAAUUGGACUGCUGUCUCUUAAAUUCAGGAUUCUUUUUCUUGAAAUUAGUAGGCUCUUCGUCUGUCUCAUCAUUCGGCCUUUUUCCCUUUCUGAAGAACCUUUCCAAAGACUCAUUUUACUCAUUUUUACUAACUUGUGGGCUUAAUUUUUUAUAUAUAUUAUAUCACGGGACUGCGACUAGAGGUUUGACGUAUGCAGAGGCACAGGCAUAUGCAUGUGAUUUUCAAACUGUGAUGAUCAAUAAAAUAUUUUGGUUCAGCCCGUCUGUGCGGCCUGGUACCAAGUGGCCAAAGGACCGACGGUUGAGACCGCUGCUAAAUUGGACGGCUCACAUCCCGAGGACUUAAAAAAAAGCCAGAGCAAGUUGUGUCCUCGGCGGACACAACCAUUUUGCAUUGACUUUUUUAUUUGUUUUAUUUUAAAAGGACUUUCAAUCCAAGAUGGCAUCCUCGAUCCAAGUCCAUGGGAACGCUAAAGCGAUUCGAUGUUUUUCCGGCAGCUGUCAGAAGAAGAGAAAGGAGAUCAAACGCAAGGAAGAAAAAGGGGCAAUGAGAAUUCCCGCCUGGUCGCUGCCAGGGAGGGAAAAGCGUCUGCAGCUGAAGGAGGAGAUAACGACUCCGGAAGGCCUCAGAUUUGCUCAAACAGUUUUCCUCUGAAAGGGCGAAGAAGGACAAGGAAAACAAAACAACCGCAGGCAACUCCACCGUUCCGUAAGACGACUGCAGCUGCUUGUUUGCUGCCAGCCUUUGGUUGCUCCCGUAAGGAGUUUUUGUUGCGUCUCGAGGAGCCCCAAAAGGAUCUUUAACUUCCAAGCUUGCAUCCUUCUGGGGAGUCAUCUCACUCAAACAAUGAAGCUUGAGCCAUGCUAAUGUGGGCGUGAGCAAGAGAUGAAACAUCCCAAAGCAAGCGUCCUGGAAUGGUUUAUGGCCGCAAACCGACCAACGUGCUCAUUGGAUGCAGCCAACUGGAUUCUGUUGCCUCGGCUCAGGUCUAUGAGUCUAAGGGACUGGCUUUUAGGGCCAUGUUCACGCUUCACGUUUGGUUCAGCUCAAACUAACCCUGGUGCGAUUGCUCUGAUAGUGCUGUUUGUUUGGUUAAAGUGGGAAUGCUAUCAUCUGAAACCAGGUGAAUAAACCUAGCCCGAGAACCCAAAACCCUGGACCCUAACCAUCAAUGUCAACACUAUCACCUGAAUCCUGGUGGAUCAGCCUAGCCCGAAACCCUGUACCCUAACUAUAACCCUAAACCCCAAAACCUGAACCAUAGAUGCUAAAUCUAAAACUCCCAACAUAAAAAUCUAACCUUAAACCCAAUCCUAAUCCUUAAACCUUAAAUCCCAAUCUCUACCCUAAUCUCUAAAACUGUACCAUUAAUUCUAACCCUUACUUUAAAACCUAACACCAAACCUCGACUCCCAAUCCUUAGCUCCUCAACCUAAACUUAGAAUGCAACCUUAAAAUGCUAACCUAAACCCUAAACUCCAGACCAGAGUACUGAACGUCAAGUAUGAGCACAACGUCAGUCAACAUUUAUUACGACGAGCAUAAUUCAGGACGCUGGACUGGUGAGAGAGAGAUACAAACUAAAGUGAAAAUUGAAAAGUGAAAAUGAUUUCAAUAAUUGAUAUUACUUCAUCUAAAAAAGAAAAAUCUGAAUAUUGCCAGUAUAUUGUGCUAAUGCAUUAUCUAGAAGAUAACGAUUAAUUGACUCUCUGUUGACGACCACUCUUUGCUUUUCAACUUUGUUGUAUAAAGUUAGUUCUUCAUUUUACUUGUUGUUUCAUCCAACGUCUGUCGACAAGUGCUUUAUUUGUUUUAUAUUUUCAUGAACAGUGGGCACAAAAACCAUUUUUUAGCAAUUCCCUAAAUCCAUUUUGUACAACGACUGUAGGUAUGAAUGGAAUGCAUUUUACAUGUGAGCCUGUUCUCGCUGGGAAUUUUUUAUUGGAAAAAUGGUACAUAAUUAGUGGAAAAUGAACAUAUCUUAGGGUUUACUUGAAUUUUUUUCCCUAAUUCAAUUAUUUGUAAAAAAAAUUAACAUGACUGACUCCUAAAUCACCUAAGCCACACAUAAGAAUAUCUAUUUUAAAAUACCUUUUUUAAAAAUGUAUUUAUGAGCAUAUUUAUGUCAAAAUUUUGCAUGUUUUUUCUUGGUGUGACAGUCACCUGUCUGCAAAAUAGUACAUGGUACAGUGCUUGAAAUUGUGUACGAUUUCCGACUAAAUUCUCACGAGAACGCCUCACUUUGUGCUGCGUUUGAGUUUUUCUUCAGGUUUUCACCCUUACCUUAUUUAACAAGCCAUUGGUGCAUUUUCUGUACGUUUUAAGUAUCAUACAUCCCAUUUUUGAGUGUAAAAAAAAAAAAAAAAAAAACUUGCUUAAUAUUAUGACUACUGUUAUUGAU